AUGAGUUGUUUGGAUUUGACAUAUUUAAUGGAACAACGACUUCGAUACACACAUAUUAGAGAUGAAUUAGAAAUGUCUCAUCUUUUAAGUGAAUUUCGACGAAAAUGUGAAAGAUGUUUGAUGAUAUCAGAUGGUGAAGAAAGUGACGAUUCAGAAUCAACGAAAUCAGAAGCAGAAGAAGGAGAAGAAGAAGAAGAUAUUAGUAAAAGUGAAAAGAAGGAUGGUAGUAAAAGUGAAACUGUUGAUGUUUGUCAUGGUAAAAAAUAUCAUCAGAAACAUGGUAAACGAUCAAAAAUGAUAGAUUCAAAAAAACCUGAUCCGGAUAAAUCAUCAAAACAACAGAAGAAAAAGAAACCGAAAAAGAUGUUGAGUAAUAUUAUGGAUGAGGAUGAGAAAGUUUUGCAACGUUUUUGGUUUAAGCGUGAUCGUAGUCCGCCACCACAAAAUGAAUUGGAGCAACAUUUAUAUGAAUUACGAAUGCGAACACGAAAAGAAAUGCAUACAUUAUUAUUUCUUAACUGUGCUGCGAAAGAAGGUAAGAUUAAAAAGUUGAAAAUGUAUACGGCACUGUUAAACGGAAAAUUACAACAACGUUGGAACAAACAUAUCGAAAUGCUUGAGAAAGAAUUUGAAAUACUCCCAGAAGGACCAGCAGAUUAUAAUAAUAAUAAUUUAUUGGAACGCUUAGAGGAAAAUCCAGAAUUAAUAGAAGCGAUAAAUAAAUUCAAAACUGAACAACCAUUACGUGAAACAAUUAUGGAACAUUCGUAUGAAAUUGCUACAAGAAUGGAAAGACAAUUCUUUAGCCUUAUACCGGGAGUUACUGGUUUAACCACAUAUAGAAAUGCAAUGAUUUGUGAAUUAGCAAGAGAUGAGACAAUUACGAUUACGAUAUAG